AUGUCCCAGACAGAAACAGCUACAGCCGAUAGUGCUGUAACCUUUAAAGAGCAGGGAAAUGUAGCUUACAAGGCAGGAAAUUAUCAGGAAGCUGUCGAGCUGUAUGGCAAAGCUAUUGAAGCUGAUCCAACUAACCCUGUAUACUAUGGUAACCGUAGUAUGGCGUUGAUGCAGUUGAAAGAAUACCAGCUUGCUUUGAACGAUACUCUGGAAUCCAACAGUUAUGGCCCAGGAGUCGCUAAAACGCUCAAUAGAUUGGGCAAGUUAUACACAACUCUCGGUAGACCCGACGAGGCUCUUCAAGCAUACAGUUCAAGUGACCCUCCAGCCAGUGGACCCGAGGUUAUGUAUGCUCAUGAAAUGUCUAGAAACUUAGUACAAGCAGAACAACUUCUACACAGUGAAAACCCUGCUUUGGGAAUUCAUUCAUUAGAUGCUGCUGAGAGAUAUCUUGGAGCAGGUGUUAAAAUACCAAGAAAAUGGACAUUGUUACGAGGACAGUUAUAUUUGGCUUCAGGAAAUAUUGAUGGUGCUACUUCGCUGGUCAUGUCCUUGUUGAGAUCCGAUUCACAAGACCCUGACGCUCUUACUCUGCGAGGAAAAGUCCUGUAUCAAGAAGGAGAUGUCAGCAAGGCAGUUGCUCACUUCACCGAGGCUUUAAGGUGUGAUCCUGAUAAUGCCAAUGCUCGUAAAUCAUUGAAAGUUGCCAAAGAACUGGAAAAGCUGCGUACUGAGGGAAACAAUGCGUUCAAAUCAGGCAGUUAUGCUGCUGCCAAGGAAUUAUAUACCCGGGCAUUACAAGUGGAUCCAACCAAUAAGGGCAUAAACUCCAAGUUGUACUCUAACCGAGCAACUGUGAACAUUAAGCUGAAUCUCAUUGAAGAAGCAUUAGCAGACAGUGACGAGGCUCUCUUAUUAGACCCUGGUUUUGUCAAGGUGAAGAAGACCAGAGCCCGAGUGCUUCUUCAACUGGAAAGAUAUGAAGACGCAGUUCAAGAGUUCAAGUCUGCUAUUGAGAUGGACUCUGCUGACACUUCGCUGAGACAAGAGUUACAAAAUGCCGAACUCGAGCUCAAGAAGAGCAAACGCAAGGAUUACUACAAGAUUCUGGGCGUUAGCAAGACCUGUACAGAAACCGAACUCAAAAAAGCAUAUAGAAAGCAAGCACUUAUCUACCAUCCCGACAAGAAUCCCGACGACCACACUGCACAAGAGAAGUUCAAGGAGGUAGGUGAAGCCUACGAAACGCUGUCGGACCCACAAAAGAGAGCAAGAUACGAUUCUGGCGUCGAUCUCCAAGAUCCAUCUGACAUGUUUGGCGGUAUGGGCGGCAUGGGCGGCAUGGGCGGCAUGGGUGGAAUGGGCGGUAUGGGAGGCAUGGGAGGCAUGGGAGGCAUCGACCCUGAAAUCCUCUUCCAGAUGUUCGGUGGUGCUGGCGGCGGAGGCCGUGGUGGCCACCCUGGAUUCAGCUUCUCUUCCGGAGGCUUCUAA